AUGGCUCGGACUAUGUGGGGCAUUAUGGAGGUGAGCGAACAACGAGGAAGGUACUUCAGUCAGGUUGAAUUGGAGCAUAAUGCGUUUUGGGCGAUUAAGAAGCUAAAUUUUGAUCUUGAGGCAUGCAAGGAGAAACGAAUGAUGCAACUCAACGAGCUCGAUGAAUUGCGGUUGAAUGCCUAUGAAAGCAAUCAUGUAUACAAAGAAAAAACUAAGAGAUGGCACGAUAAUAAAAUAUUGCAUCGCGAAUUUCACAAGGGUCAAUUGGUACUACUUUCCAACGCCCGUCUCAAGUCAUUUCCGGGAAAACUCAAGUCAAGAUGGUCCGGACCGUUUACUAUACUCGAAGUAUUUCCGCAUGGCGCAGUCGAGUUAUUGGAUUUCGAAACCAUAAAAUCUUUCAUAGUCAAUGGGCAGCGCCUCAAGCAUUAUUGGGGAGGAGAAUUCAAUCGCCAAGUGACUCCGGUCACUUUAGCUUGA